ACAGCAUGUCUGUUGUGGUUGCUCCUUGCUCAGUUCUGAUCUGAACAUCAGCCUCUCCUGCACUGGAGAGAUACAAACCAAAGGUAACAUUUAGUGUUUGUUUGUGCAGCUACUCUACUGUGGGGUGUUGUGUUUGUAUGUGCAUGCAUCUGCGCAUGAACGGUCUGUGUGUGCUAUGAUGGUGCCUUUGUGCUAGCAGAACUAUCAGUGGGCUCACAGGCUGUACCUCGAGGCAGGAGGAGCAGCUGGACCGACGGUGUGACCAGUUCAGCGCAGAAUCACAGACCUGGAUCGAACACAGAGACAGAGGCACAGACUGAAGUUUCAGACUUCAAAGAUAUGUCUGGCAGUAAGA